AUUGAAAGAAGCUUUAAACUGUUUUUGGUUUAUUUAUUUCUUUUUACAAUCUUUAAUCUUUAUCUUGCAUAAAAAGUUUAGUAAGAAAUCUUUAAAGGUUAUGUUAUGAAGUGCAAUAAAAACAGAGAAAUUCAUAAAAACUAUGGACACUGAGCCUGAAAUAAAAAUAAAGCAAGAACCAAAUUAUAAAGAGGAAACUAUAACCUUUAUAUCACCGGAUGAGGAAGAAUUCUCACAAGAUAUACCAGACGAAGUUAAAAUAGAGGAUGUUCAAACCGAUUUUUAUUACAUCUGUAAAGUUUGUCAAAAAAACUUUGAUUCUGAAACAGAUUUACAAGAACACCUCAAAGAACCAGCCCUUACAAAAACUUAUCAAUGUUGCGCUUGCGAUAAAUCUUUCAGGGAUACAUUCCAAUUAACAGUCCAUACACGAAAACAUACCGGUGAUAAACCAUACGUAUGUAGUAUUUGUUCAAAACGAUUUACAAUCAGUGGCAAUUUAAAAACUCACAUGAGAACUCACACGGGUGAAAGAAGAUAUGAAUGUCAUAAUUGUAAAAAGAAAUUUAUUCAAUUCGCCCACCUUCAAGAACAUAUCAUAUCACACGGUGAAGAUAGACCAUUUAAAUGUUCUUUAUGUGGAGGUCAAUUUAUGACACAAAGAAGAUUAACUAGACAUAUGAAAAUACACGAAAAGAAACCAGACAUAAUCAGUAAUACAAUUAGUGAUUCUGAUGGUCCUUUUAAAUGUGAUAUUUGUUUGAAUUCUUUUCAAUCAUCGCGAGGUUUCAACAGACAUUUUAGUCGUAUUCAUGUAGAGGGGGUUGACGAAUCAAGUUUAAAAUGUAAAUUAUGUGAUAAGAAACUAAAUGCUAAACGGCAAUUAACGCGACAUAUGAAAGCUCAUUUAGGUGUAAAACCGUAUUCUUGCAAAAUUUGUGAUCGUAAUUUUCCAUCAUCUCAAAAUCGUGAUCGGCACAUGAAAAUUCAUACGGGCGAGAAACCUUAUUCUUGUCCAACAUGUAAAAAAGGUUUCGUUUGUGAAGCUAACAUGAAAAGGCAUGUACGAAUUCACACUGGAGAGAAACCUUAUGAUUGUAAAAUUUGUGGAAAACGAUUUUCACAUAGUACUUCUGUUAAAGAACACAUGGUGGUGCAUGAUAAAACUAAAGUGGUUGAAUGUGGAAUUUGUGGGGCUGGUUUUGGGAUUAGAAAGAGAUUGUUGGAACAUGUUAGAAGAAAGCAUUUGUCAAAAAAUAAUGAAACAAUUAAUAAAAUAGAUAAUUUGGUUGUUGUAAAAGAGGAAAUUAAUGAGGAAGAUUAUUAUUCUAAUAUUCAUGAUGAAUAUACUGACAAAGUGGAAAGGGUUGAUAUUAAAGUUGAGAAUCAAAACAUUUAUUGAAAUAAUAUAAUUAUUUGUUGAUGAUAUUUUUGUAUGUUUUAAGAAUAAGUUGA